CUCCCUCUGCCUUUUCUCUCUCUCUCACUCUCGUCUCUGUCUUUCCAGCCCCGCAGUCGCUGGAUCCUCUGCUGCCAUUCUGCUGCAGUCCGGAGCGGAGCCGCGCUGUGCCCCAGAGAGGCGCAACUUUGCGACGCAGAGCACGCGAGCCGCCAACCCGACCGGGCGCUAAAUACAUAAAAAGAGGAUUACCCCACUCUGACUUAUUUCUUCCCACUUUGAACAGGUGGGGAAAGGAUUUUUUUCCCAGAAACUUGGAUUGUUAAUUGAAAGACUGCCUUCUUUGUAAACUGCCUUUUAAAGAGUACAUUAUUAGUAUUACUACUUAUUCUGUUACUAUUUGUUAACACAAUUACUACUUGAUAGUACUCCCCGACCUUUAUUUAUUAAGAAACAAGUUCACUUUUAAGGUACUCUUAAUUAUUUUGGAAACCAAAGUUGUUUUUUUUUUAAUUUAUUUAACAUUUCAUAAUCCUUUGGAAUUUCAAGGCGAUUUAUUGCCGUUAUUCGGGCGCUCAUCCAUGUCUUGUUACUACAUACUGGAAGCACCUACAUUUUAAGACUAGAAAAAAGACUGUAAAAAUCGUAUAUUACAUCCUUCUUAACGCUCUGACAAUUUGGGUUUCGCCGCCUUUAAAGAAAGAAAACAACUGGAGGAAAAAGAAGACUCUGAAACUGUUCCUCUUUUUUUUAUUCCAAAGUGCUGGGGAAAGAAGCCGUUACGGGAGCUUUUAUCUAUUUUUUGUUUUAAAAAUUUCCUAAAAGGAAGUUCAAAUAUAUAAACAAUUUUCUCAAAGCACUGAUUCCUCAAUGAGAAUUCCUCCAAGUGAUGCUACGAGGAUUUUGUUUUUUACACCAGGAAUGUGUUUAACUGAUUGGAUUUAAAAAGAAACACCUUAAAAAGUACUCCUGCUUUCAUUAUCUUUUAUAUCUGCGCUGGAAGACAUCAGUCCCGUCUGCCGGCCGGAGCUUCGCCCCACAGCAGAAUACAGCAAAAGGUGCCUUGAAUGAUCCAUUCCUAUUCAUAGAAGAUGCCUACGUGUCAAACACAGAAUACGCCACGGCUGGAAGAAUAUGCACUUUUGGCUUAAGCCUGGUUCUGGGUGAGUGGGUCUUAGCUGACAUUUCAGCUCUUCCAAAGAAAGAAAAGCUCCAGCAGUUACAUUUCACCCCAUAAUUCCAGUUGGAAUUAAGACAUAGGUGGACCUCCUGGUUGAAUGUCCAGUGAAAAGAAGAGGAAAGAAAAAGAAAGCAAGCCUUGCAUACUGGGAGAAUUUCCAUUUUUUGAAAGGCUUUCUGAAAGCUUUUGUAUUUUGACCAUUUUUUCCUAUUACUGAGCAAAAUUAUAAAAAAAAAAAUCCACGUUCUGAUUCAAGUCAGAGGUUGACUGUGGGAGAAAACAAUGGCAAACAACAUGGUGGAUCACCCCCCUGGGAACUCAAUUGCUGAGGGCAGCCGUGAAGGAGAUUUUGGCUGCACGGUGAUGGAUUUGCGACAGCUGAUGGAACUUCGGAGCGGAGAAGCAGUUGCAAAAAUUAGAGAUAACUACGGUGAUGUCCAUGGUCUAUGCAGUAGGCUAAAGACCUCUCCAGUUGAAGGACUUUCUGGAAAUCCAGUGGACCUAGAGAAGAGGCAUCAGGCAUUUGGUCGCAACUUCAUCCCACCCAAAAAAGCCAAGACUUUCCUGCAGUUGGUUUGGGAGGCCCUGCAAGAUGUCACCCUCAUCAUUCUUGAGAUUGCUGCCAUCAUCUCCCUGGGACUGUCCUUUUAUCACCCCCCAGGGGGUAACAGUGAAUUGUGUGGUCAGGCUGCUGGUGGAGUGGAGGAUGAGGGUGAGGCUCAGGCUGGCUGGAUUGAGGGUGCUGCUAUCCUAUUCUCUGUUUUCAUUGUGGUUCUGGUGACAGCCUUCAAUGACUGGAGUAAAGAGAAACAAUUUCGUGGCCUCCAAAGUCGCAUUGAGCAAGAGCAGAAGUUCACUGUGAUUCGCAAAGGACAAGUCAUCCAGAUACCUGUUGCCGAGAUUGUCACUGGGGACAUUGCUCAGAUUAAAUAUGGUGACUUGCUUCCAGCAGAUGGGAUUUUGAUUCAAGGCAAUGACCUGAAGAUUGAUGAGAGCUCACUUACUGGGGAGUCUGAUCAAGUUAGGAAGUCCCUGGAGAAAGACCCUAUGUUGUUGUCUGGUACUCAUGUAAUGGAAGGAUCUGGGCGCAUGUUAGUCUCAGCUGUUGGAUUAAACUCCCAGACUGGAAUUAUCUUUACUCUCUUGGGUGCUGGAGGAGAAGAAGAAGAAAAGAAGGUCAAGAAAGGAAAAAAGCAAGGACCUGCUGAAAAUCGCAACAAAGCUAAAGCUCAGGAUGGAGUGGCCUUGGAAAUCCAGCCAUUAAAAAGUGAGGAAGGUGGUGAGUGUGAAGAGAAGGAAAUUAAGAAAGUUAAUGUCACUAAAAAGGAGAAAUCUGUGCUUCAAGGAAAACUCACCAGACUGGCAGUACAGAUUGGUAAAGCAGGUCUAAUUAUGUCUGCUGUAACAGUGAUCAUCCUAAUUCUUUAUUUUGUCAUCGACACAUUUGGAGUUAAGGGAUAUCCCUGGCUGAAAGAAUGCACACCAAUCUAUAUUCAGUACUUUGUCAAGUUCUUCAUUAUUGGUGUCACUGUAUUAGUGGUUGCAGUUCCUGAAGGGCUACCUUUAGCUGUCACAAUCUCACUCGCCUAUUCUGUUAAGAAAAUGAUGAAGGACAAUAAUUUGGUGCGCCACCUUGAUGCAUGUGAAACGAUGGGAAAUGCUACUGCCAUUUGCUCUGAUAAGACAGGCACACUGACCAUGAAUCGAAUGACAGUGGUUCAGGCCUACAUUGGGGAUAAUCACUUCCGUCAGAUUCCUCACCCAGAUGCCUUGAAGCCUGAAAUCCUGGAACUCAUAGUGAAUGGAAUUGCCAUCAAUUCUGCUUACACUUCAAAGAUACUGCCUCCUGAAAAAGAAGGUGGAUUGCCACGACAUGUGGGUAACAAGACAGAGUGUUCUUUGCUUGGUCUGGUCCUAGAUCUGAAGCAAGAUUAUCAAGCAGUGCGAGAUGAAGUUCCUGAGGAGAAACUCCACAAAGUUUACACCUUUAACUCUGUGCGAAAAAGCAUGAGCACAGUGAUAAAGAAACCCAAUGGUGAAGGCUUCCGUAUGUACAGCAAGGGAGCAUCAGAGAUCAUUUUGCGCAAGUGCACCAACAUUUUGGAUGCAAAUGGCACACCUAGAAUCUUCAAGGCAAAAGACAGAGAUGAGAUGGUCCGUAAGGUAAUUGAGCCUAUGGCAUGUGAUGGACUGAGAACUAUUUGCCUGGCUAUGCGGGACUUCACUGGAGAGACAGAACCAGACUGGGAUAAUGAAAAUGAAAUUCUGUCCCAUUUGACAUGUAUUGCUGUUGUGGGUAUUGAAGACCCUGUACGCCCAGAGGUGCCUGAGGCAAUUUCAAAAUGCCAGCGUGCUGGUAUAACAGUUCGCAUGGUCACAGGAGAUAACAUCAACACUGCUCGUGCAAUUGCCACUAAGUGUGGCAUCUUACUUCCUGGGGAAGACUUUCUGUGCCUUGAAGGCAAGGAAUUCAACCAGAUGAUACGGAACGAGAAGGGAGAGGUGGAACAAGAGCGUCUGGAUAAAGUCUGGCCUAAACUACGUGUAUUAGCUCGAUCAUCUCCUACAGAUAAACAUACUCUUGUUAAAGGGAUUAUUGACAGUACUGUCGGUGAGACAAGACAAGUUGUUGCAGUAACAGGAGAUGGCACUAAUGAUGGACCUGCUCUGAAGAAAGCAGAUGUUGGAUUUGCUAUGGGCAUUGCAGGAACAGAUGUGGCAAAGGAAGCUUCUGAUAUCAUUUUGACAGAUGAUAACUUUACCAGUAUUGUGAAGGCUGUGAUGUGGGGCCGCAAUGUGUAUGACAGCAUCUCAAAAUUUCUGCAGUUCCAAUUGACCGUCAAUGUAGUGGCAGUUAUUGUGGCCUUCACGGGGGCUUGCAUUACCCAGGACUCCCCACUGAAAGCAGUUCAAAUGUUGUGGGUGAAUCUGAUCAUGGACACAUUUGCUUCUCUUGCCUUGGCCACUGAACCACCCACUGAAUCUCUUCUGCUACGUAAGCCAUAUGGGCGCAACAAGCCCCUAAUCUCCCGGACAAUGAUGAAGAACAUUCUGGGCCAUGCUGUUUAUCAGUUAACAAUUAUUUUCACACUACUAUUUGCAGGAGAGAAGUUCUUUGACAUUGACAGUGGUCGUAAUUCACCUCUUCAUUCUCCACCAUCAGAACAUUACACUAUUGUCUUCAACACCUUUGUUAUGAUGCAGCUUUUCAAUGAAAUCAAUGCCAGAAAAAUCCAUGGCGAAAGGAAUGUUUUUGAGGCCAUUCACCGGAACCCUAUCUUUUGUAGUGUGGUCAUCGGCACAUUUGUCCUCCAGAUUAUUAUAGUGGAACUGGGAGGGAAGCCUUUCAGUUGCUCUGGAUUAACUGCUGAUCAGUGGCUAUGGUGUAUCUUCAUUGGUGUUGGUGAACUUCUAUGGGGACAGUUGAUCUCAGCAAUCCCAACACAUCGACUGAAGUUCUUGAAAGAGGCAGGUCAUGGCAUUACAAAGGAAGAAAUACACAAGGAUGACUUGCCUGAAGGGGUAGAUGAAAUUGACCAUGCAGAGAUGGAACUUCGCCGUGGCCAGAUCCUCUGGUUCAGAGGGCUCAACCGCAUCCAGACUCAGAUGGACGUCGUAUAUACAUUCCAGACGGGCGCAACAGCAGUUCCGGGGGCUCUGCGCAGGCAGCCCUCAGUGGUCAGCCAGCACCACGAUAUUAAAGUUGUGAAUGCAUUCCGUAGCUCCCUCUAUGAAGGCCUGGAGAAGCCAGAAUCGAGAAGCUCCAUACAUAACUUCAUGUCCCAUCCUGAAUUUGGUCCCCCAGCAGAAGAUGAACCACGAAUCCCCACUAUUCAGGAAAGCCACAUUGAGCUUGAGGGUCUCUCACAUCCUCCUAAAGGAAAAGGGGUUUCAGGGAAACCUUCCCCCAACCGCAACAACAAUGCACUGGACAUAGUCGCUGCCCCAGCUGGGGCCUCCCCUUCACCUGGGAGCCCACUUCACAGCCUGGAGACCUCUGUCUGAUGACCCUUGGACAUUGACCCACAAAAAUAAUUGAGUGUUGACAUGAACCUGCUGAAGCCCAGGGUGCACCGGUGGAGGCGUGUGCCUACCGGUGUGCAAGGCUGGGUGUGUUCUACACACUCUGUGUACCUUGCAUGCAAGCAAAAAAAAAAAAAAAAAACAAAAAAAAAAAGAAAAAAGGGCAUCCGUUGGAAAAGGAGAGCUUAGAGUUGCUCUGACUUCAAUUACUGUCUAUUUAUCUGUCUGUCUGUCUGUCUCACUGUCUAGACUGUUUACCAUGGUAUGAACACUUGGGGCAUUUGAUUUUUUUUUUAAUGAGUUCAAUGACCAAGACGUUCAAAGAACACAUGAAAGAAAAUGCCCAUCUACAACACAAAGAGUAUGCUGGUAAAUCACUACGUGGUGCGUGAACAUUGUGAACAUUGACGCAAAGUAAGAAAAAAAUGUGUUUGCCAAGUGAGUGAAGAGCUGUGCACUUUGUGAAUGCCUGCAUUGUUUGAUUUCAAACACUCACUUCUGAGAAAGGUAGGUUUUUCAUAACUGGUUUGCUCCAAGAAACUGGACAAUCUUGCUGUUUUUUUUCUUGUUUUGUUUUCUCUCCUUUUCUCAUUCUUUUUUUACAGAUUUUAAAUUGCUUGCUCACUUUUUUAUUAUAUUUAAUGUUUCUGACAACUUAAAAAAAAGUGUGGGCAAAAGACAGUGAGAACAUUAAUGGAGCUUUACAGACUCUCCACAUAGGCCCAGGUUAUGUGUUGGGUAAAAACAAGAAAACAAACCCAAUAUGUCCCACUGUGUAUAAGUUGUGGUCACCGCCUGACGGUCUGAGGACAACAUUGAAGAAGCGAUACAACUAUUACCCUUAACCAAUCAAAUCUUUUGGGGGGGGUGGGCCUUGGGGAGGGUGCUGCUUGGUAUGGUCUCUUUGCCAGUGUCUGCAGUGAUUAAAAACAAAACAAAGCCUUGAGAUUUUGAUUUGCUUCAGACAGCAUCUAUUCAUUGUCAACUGUCAGCUUUUGUUUAGUGUUAUUUUCCUUCUUGUUUUUUAAUAGUUUAGAUUGGACCAUUGAGAUAUGCAUUGGGGUGAUGGAGGGAACGAUUUUUUUUUUUGUUUUUAUACAAGGGUACAAGAAAAAGAAUCUAUAUUCAUCUUGAUAAAGUGCACAAUAUCAUAAGCUUAUAAUUAUGUUGUAUUUGGAUUACAUUGGAAGAACAUUUCUGUACACAAUUUCAAGACAUGUUAACUGCUGAUGAGAAUUGCUCCUUAGCAUUUCUAAAGGCUGCAAAAUGCUAUGUACUCAGAAUGAUUCUCUCCUUGCUCCUUUUUCUCUGUCCUGAUGGCAUUUUUUCCUUGUGAAGUCACAUAACUUGUUCAAUUCCACACUUCCUGGAAACUGCUAAUUGCAAUGAGUGAGUUCAGCAGAUCCAUUUUGCAUCAUUUUUUUUUUUCUCUUUUUUUCUUUUUUGGUUAGUUCAGCACCGAAGUUAAAGAUGUGUACAUUUUAAUAACAGUAAAUGGAAAAUAAAUUAAUAAACAAAAAUAUACACACAUGAAAAUAUGCAACUGUAAGUAUCUUCUCAAUCCAAUUCCUUCUCUAAAACGGAUAUGUCCUGGUGUGAUUAAGACUUACAAAUAACAAUGAAAUGUGGGUUCUGGCAGAAUGGGCUGUGUGGCUGUUUGCUUUAAUGAAUAACCCACUAGUGUGUUAUUAAAUGCUACACAUACGACAGCAUUCUGUUACAUCAUUUAGCAUCGUGCUGCCCUUUGAUACUUUUGGACUCCAAUGAGAAAAGGUCCUUAAUAAUCAAUUAUCUGAAUGCAGCUUCACACUAAGCCUAAACAUAUGUGUAUGUAUUUGUCAUUCUUCCUUUAAAGCUAAUUUUUAUUGUUGCAUACCUAAACACAUGCGCACACACUCACGCACUGGAUGUACAAAAUACACUCACACUUUUUUAAGUAAUCUAUUUUGUUCCUUUUCCCUUAAUUUUACCUAAUUAAAACUAACAGAAUGUUUGUUUCAAGUUAUUUUUAGUUUAAUAUAUGAGUACAAUGUAUACAUAUAUUAUGUACAUGUAUAUACAGUAUAUUAAUAUAUUUUUAUAGCUUAAUAUAGAUAUGAAAGUUAUAUCUAAAGCGCUUUUAAAUGGUAGAUGACCAAUCUACAGGAUGUUCUCCAUAGACACCGAUAGUAGAGGAAAGUGGAACGGCUGUAUUUUACAUUCGGUAUGUUAUGUCACCGUUGAAGAAUGACAAAAAAUGACAGGUGACUGCAAUGCCACCUGCCAUGAAGAGUUUGUCACAUACUGUAAUUUCUAGAUUUUAGCCCAGAAUUGUCCUACGCAGACACAGAUACAUAUAGUGUUAUACAGUAUAUACACUAAAACUAAAAAGUAACUUGAAUCAAAUAGCCAAUGCUUGUUAGCAUUAUUUUAUCCAUGUUCAAAAUUAUUUCAUUAAAGCACAUAUUUGUGUGAAAUAAUUUUUACGAUUAUUCAAAAACCAAAAAGUUUCCUAAAAGCAAAUGUAUAAGUAUGUAAUUUACCUUCAGUAGUGAAAAGUAUUUAGCAUGUUUGGUUAAUUUCUAUAAGGUAAUACUCAGUAUAUUAUCUCCUAGAUAUUUUGUGUUCAAUUAGAUAAUAGUGUACUUUUAAAAUGACAGAACAAAUGUAAUGUCCUCGUUAUCUGAGUGGCUGUUUGGGUGUCCCCUGUGAUGAAUUAGCGGCCCAUCCAGGGUAGGCUCCAGCCUUGCGUCCGUUGCUGCUAGGACAGACUUUGCCUCUCUGUGCUCCUGAAGUAGUUAACACAGGUCACAAACUGAAUUCAUAGAAACAUAAUAAAGCAGUCAUUAAAUUGCAUCUGUUUUUUAACCAUGUUAGGCAAAUACAAGCUCAUCCCUAUGAUGCUCAAUAAUGAGAAAAAGAUUGAAUUCAUGAAUAAUGUCUUUUCUCAAUUCAUUAAAUCUGUAUGUCUACUCUGUGCAAAAGAUUAGGGAUGGGUAACGAUUUGCUCAUAUAUUUAACAAAGCCAUAUUAAUAACAAGACCUUGCAUUUUGACGGGCAUUGGAUUAAGGUCUUCUGAAGAGCUGACUCUGUCCGUCAGACUGUAAUGGUGUUUAAGCUAAGACACACUAAGUAUUUUUGUUGAUAUGACCUUAUCACAGCCUUACCGCAUGACUCAAAGUCUCGUUUUCUCUAGCAACCUUUAGAAUGGUUUCCUUCAGCACAGAGCUGUCAUUCAGAAAUCUUCAUAGUUUUUUACACGGAUUUUUUAAUUUCCUUUUAUACGUUGGGUCAUUGGUUAAUAUUAGGCAGAAACGGACAACUAUUUGUUCUCAGAAAGGAGCUUUUGAAAUAUAUUUUUUUCUAUACAUAUAUUUUUUCUAUAUUGUUUAGAUUUGUUUUCUACCUGGGUGAUAGAACAACGCGCUUAACUAACUGAGAAAGAGUAAUGGUGCUUUACAGUAAAAGUAGAAUUAUGAAAAUGUGGAAGAAAAAAGUUUGUCAUGAAAUAGACCCCGUAGAAUACAGUAAAUACAAAACCAGGAAAGUUUUUUUGUUUGAAAGCACCAUGGUUCUCGUCUAACUGCCAUAUACGUAUGUCUGGAAGUCUGGCAAUGGGGCAAAUAGGAAGUGAAGUGAUUACCUGCUAAAUGACUGCCAGAUUGCCUUUUAUAGUUCAAACCUGUAUUAGAAAAUGGGGAGGGGGUUCUUUAAAAAAUAAAAAGAGAAAGAAAUGGUUAGAAAUGUCUGAAACAUGCGAGAGAAAAAAACACUGCCAUUGUGAUGCCAGCUGGAUGGGAAAAGUUUCAUUGGGACGUUUUGUUUCUCCUCCAGUUAGGAGCUGUCCAAAUUUCAGAAAUCCCUUUUCCUGCUUUUUGUUUUCUAAUAAUUAUGCUGACCUGGUGAGUCGUGACUUUAGGCCUUAUUCAUAUUUCAUAUGCGCCUUUCGUAUUGAUACUUUUUUCUCUGACAUUUACACCCAAAGGUGGCAAAUCUUUUUCUUGUACAUAAAUGGACAGUAUGUAAUUAAGUUAAUCAAAAAACUGGACCAAACAAGCAUAGCAUUUUAAUAUAUACUCAGUAAAAUGGUAUCCUAAUUUAUUGUCUAGCUUGAAGGAUAUGGCUGCUAGUCUUGUUUCAUCUAAUCCCUCCUGGUUGUUGUUUUCCAGGUGUCUGUGUAAUCUUAAAAUAUCUGAAGUUUACAUAACCUUUUUUUCUCUUUUUUUAAAUGAGUGCCUGCGAAGGCAGUAAUUUGUAAACCCCUUGAAUGUAGGCCUUAAUGCCAAACUGAGACCUGCUCCUGAAUGCACUAGAAAUGAUCAGUGUCGAAAAGCUCUGCCAUAAAAAGUCAGUUGACAAAAACUUUGUGGUUUCUUAAUAGAGACUUUUUUAACUGGGGGGUCGUGGGGGUGGGAAUUUUUUUGUAAGCCACGUUUGCUUUACUAAAAUUUAGAUAGAGUGAAAUAAAAGAAUGCAUGUUUCAAAAUCAUUUCUGACAACAGUUUAAAUCAUUUCAUUCAGUGGGGUGGAGAUUUCUUAUUAUUGUUGUUAUUGUUAAAUGAUUACUUUUCUAAUUUUCAAUCAGCAAAAAAAAGGAAGACAAUUAAACCAAAGCCAUUGCUUCACUUUCUGGUUGCCCUAUGGACUUCUCAAAAAUGUAACUGUCAUGUAAUUACUUUUAUUGCACAUAUGAAUAAUAACAUGUAUAUUGUAAAGAAAAAAGGAGAAUACAACAAAAAAAAAAACCUUGUGCAAUAUGUUUAAUAUAUGCUGUCAUUAAAGGUGGCUAAAUUUAACUUCAGUCUCCUGGAGGAACUUAGGGUGUCAAACUGACUAACACCCCAAGACAAAAACUGUUUCGCUGUAUUUACGAAUUAGCUGAAGUUAAAUUUGAUGUUUCUUUGGGUUCAUAAGCCCUUUUUUUUCUUUAAGUGGGGAGAUGAAAAUCUGGAAAUUCAGUAAUUAGUAUAAUAUAAGCACUGGUAUUAUUUUUGUAUAAAAAUAUGACUGAAUUAUACAUAUGUGGUAUGCAUGACUUAUAAACAUUUUGGUGGUUCGAAGCAAUAUGUACUUUUUCUGCGUAGCCAAACUCUUGCAUACAGUACUUCAUUUACUUGCAUUCUGGUGGUUUGUGGGUGGGGGGAUAAGAGAAAAAAAACUGUUCAGUAUCUGUGUUUAGUGUUCUGCAUGUUUAAAUAUGGAAUGAAUCAACCAAAAUGUUUGACUGACUUUCAGAAUUCCCGACAUGCUACACACACGAGCACACACACACGCACGCGCACACACUCGCACGCACUCACGAGCACACGCACGUGUUCCAGACACACACACACACACAGACUCACCCACACUUGUGUGUUCAGUCCCAACGGCUAACGCAUGCACUGUCCGGAGGCUGGCAAUUCCUAAUGAUUAAAAAGACAUGAAAAACACACCAAUGUCCUUCAUGGGGUUUCCAUACCGAGAGCUUACUGGGUGGCGACACGGUAGCACUCUGCAUCUGUAAAGCCAAAAUGGUGUGGGUGCCUUCAAACUCCUGUAUAAAACAAGCUGAAAAGGGGAAAGAAGCGACCCUUCCGAAAAAAUAAAAACAAUCAAAUAAGGCGGAAUGUAUUUGCAUUCGAUUAAUUUCUGUCGUUUAGAAGGGGUUCAGCAUUUUGGCGAUAACCUAAGCAUGACUACGUUGCAAUCCCAAUAUCGUGCGCUCUUUAAAAACAUGUGGGGAAGACAAAACACUUGUCCUAAACCUUCAUGUUCCAAGGCCGCGAUUAGUAGUCGUAGGCAGUAAACAGGUUAAUACCGACCUUUACCAUCAUAUCCAUCCAUCAAGUUCAAAAUAAAAAUAAUUGUCAGCUUCAACUCAAGGUCACCGGCAGCCUGCGCUUAUCCAGGCACAGCAUAGGCGCCCGUCCUGAAUGGGGAUGCCUUUCAAUGGCAAUGAUCCAUGCAGCAGAAGUGUGACAACAGUCCUCCUCGGGAAUCCCUCACGGUGACUUUCUUAGUUUCCGUUAUAUGACCUUACCGCAUACGUUAUCUCUGUGUUUGUACAAGUGUGGCCGUCACUGGGAUACUAUUAUCUUGUAGACUCUUCUAGCUUUUUAGUAUCCCCCAUUUAUGUAAAAAAAAAAGUCUAUUGGCUGCCCUUUGUUUUUUGCAAGUAUUCGCGUAAAUAUAUACCUCAUUUACAUGCAUGUAUUCUUAAAAUCGCUUUCGUAUCAGCUGUUAAACGUUUUCCCUUUUAAGGACCGUAUCGUUAAAACAAGUUCCCAGUAGAUAGAUAACGAGUCACAAUAGGAUGGAUCGAUUAAAGUGUUAAUUUAAAAGCUUGCAUUAUACCCUCUUAAAAUAUUGGAUCCCUAAUAGCAUUUUUACUGCAUGCGUGGUUCCUGGUAGACCUUCUGCUUCACAGGACCAUUUUAUUCUUUGAAGGGUUCUCUGAAUAUUUAGGCAUUAAAAAUGUUCCUAAUAUGUGGACGAAACAGAAAUAUUUAUAGCAGUCGAUCUACUAACAGAUCAAGGACACACGAACGUAUUAUGUGUUCUUGUGUGCGGCGAGGGUUAUUUUAAAAAUCACGAAGCCGUUGAUACUUCACAGAUCUAGUAUCUGACAUUUAGGUUUGUUAAUGGAAUUCACCACUUUUUGCACCCUUAAUUUUAAGAGUAGUGAGUUUACUAGCUAUCUGUCUAGGCAUCAAAAUAUACAUCGAGAGUUUCCACAAAUUAAGACUUUUUUUUUAAAUAGUCGUCAUUCCGAGAGACCUGCUAAAGCUGUUGUCACCUCUAAGCAGAGUGUUCUUCUUGGCUGUCACCGCCGUGUCAUUUUCCAAAACCGAAGAAGCACUCGUUACUGAAACAUUACCAGCCAGAAGCUGCAGUGCGCUGGAGUGGAAAUCUUCCUAAAGCUUUUAAGAAUCUGCGAUGCCGUGUUUUUGUGUAAUUCACUGGGUGAUUUUGCGCAAGUUUCGGUACACCUUACAUUAUUAACAUCAGAAGUAAUCCCGACGUGCUGAACCGCGUGUCCUUGUCGAGGUCAGGGGUACAGUUACCUUUCAUUUAUAGGCCAUUCCGUAGUCCAACGAUUGCCUUUUUCAGCUUCUCUUUAUAUUAAUACUUUGAGGUUCAAUUUACCUCAACGAAUUGGAUUGCUUGACAAGUAUUCGACGUUAUUGUGUUACUGCUUUUUAUUAUUAUCAUUAUUAUUAUUAUUACGCAUAAAGUCACUCAUAUAGUGUUAUGUUUUCUGAUUAAACGAUGAAAAGCCGUCCAUCACAAACGACUUAAGCCAGCAAUAUUCAAAAAUAGGGAGACAUCAGAUUACGAAGAGAUGAUACCAAAAAUGCCAUUUUCAACGAGAGAGGGCCCACGCGGUUAAUAUUCCUGAAAUAUUCGGAUAAGCUCCGUUUACUUUGGGCUCCGCCAGACGGAGUACCGCCGCACCGCAAGUCGCGAUCACCGCGUUUCAAACGCGCUCCGUUUUCCGUACUCUGAGGGGUCGCUUCGCCCGAGUCCCUUUGCAGCUGGAAACCCCCCAUCAGCCUUCCAGUCGGUGCUUGCGUGAAGCCUGUACAUCUGUAAAAGGUUCACCCCUGUUCUGUAAACACAAAGAGUCACUCCAGUUUGCUUUUAAAACUAUGCAACAGAUCUACCGGAGACUCUGAACCUUGUCUGUGUGUUUGUCUCUCUCUUGCUCUGUCUCUCAGUGGAAUGUGGUUGUUUCCUUGUUUCUUUUUAAUUUAUUUCUAAUACAAGUGUGCUCCUUUUCCUAUUUGUAAUAUUUGACGGUGUGGAAUGCAUUGUUCUCUUUGUCCUGUCGUUUAAUCAUUCUGAAAAAAAAAGUAAAGAAAUGCCACAUUCGAUUGGGAUGGUAAACAAAUUCACGCACACAUUAUAUAAAAUAAAGCCAUUGGGGUUGGAAUUGUC